UGAGAUUGGCAGAAUGAGUUGAAGUCAACGCGUUCGGAUUUAAAGUAAUCGCUUAAUUUAAUUACAUUCAAUAAUUUACUAUAGUGAUUACUCAGUCGUAAUGGAGUCGUUCAAGAUAGCAGUGUACAUUUCUAUACUGUUUUCGUCGCACAUAUUUAAACUGGUAUUGACUGAUGAUUCAAAAAGUGAAAACAAAUUUCUCUAUUUCGCGUAUGGAAGUAAUCUCCUUGCGAGAAGAGUACAUAUUAACAACCCAACAGCGGAGUUUUUUUCCUCUGCAAAGUUACCGAACUUUAGGUUAGACUUCCAAAGCUUCGACACGGAGUUUUGGAACGGUGCUGAUGCGACCAUCGUUGAUGAUUCGGACAGCGUUGUUUGGGGAGCGCUGUGGACACUUGACGUGAAAGAUAUACCUCAUCUGGAUGAGCAAGAGGGCAUUCACCUUAGCCAGUACCGAACGAGGAACGUGUCGGUGGCAACUCCUGAUGGUAGGUCAAUGGUGGUUCGGACGUAUCAGAUGACACUAGAACCACCUAAAUUGCCUGCUAAAGAUAUACCACCAGAACGACAACCUUCUGACACGUAUAUGGAGGUCAUAAUACGCGGCGCCUUUGAAUGCUCGCUGCCUAUGCAUUACCUGCGGUUUCUUUUUACUUUUCCCACAAACGGUAAACUCGCUAGUUGGACUACAAGGCAACGUUUAGGUUACCCAUUUAAUGUAACUGAAUUAAAAUAAAUAAUAUCUUGUAAAAUAUA